AUGGCCCAUUUGGUGGACAACAAGAAGUUGAUCCGUGGUGCACUAAAUAAGAUUGCAUUGGACUUUGGUGUACAUCGUGGAACUGUGCAGCGCGUGUGGAAACGUGCCAACGUCGACCUCGACAACAAACUUCGAUCAUGUUCCGACGUGUCGUCCAGAAAAAAGGGCCACUCAGGUUCCGACCUGAGUGGCCCUUUUUUCUGGACUGACAGUGAGGGUCUGCAUGCAGACCCUCAACAACAACUUCCUGACCCUCCAAGCCUGCAUGCGGCGAAACUGUUGGCUCGUGGGCUUUUGCCCCAGGUCCUGGCAGUAGACAAUGAGGUCGUGGAGUGCGGUUGCCAGCAGCUUGACGAGUCUGACGUCAGUGCAAAGUUUGACCAACUGGCCGUGGAAGUGUCCGAAGCUAUGGAGAUGUCUGAAUUCAGCUCUCAGUUGGAAAUGCUGAUUGUCAACAACGAGCUCAAGGAGCACGCAGAUGUUGAAUUGGGCGAGCUGUUGGAUUUGUUUAACCUGCUUUGA